ACAUUUCCCCCACGCAGAGAAGAAUUCAAUAACUGCAUAACUAUGCUGAUGCUGUUUUGAUCGUUCAAUUUUCAAUAGACGCUGGACCCGGCGAGGGCAAAGAGAGUGGCUGGACAGUAUUACAGUGUUCUCCUGGAUGGUAUUUCUGCAUGUAGACCUGUGCGUAAAAAGCGAGCGCUGGGUCGCAUUUCUAAGGUCGGGACCAAUGAAGACUUGAGUGUGAGAAAUUGGGAAGCCACACCUGUGACGUGCCUACCCGUCCUUUCGUGCAAUUGCGCUCUGCUUCUUCUGGGCCACCCAAAACAGACGACUAAACUUGCCAUUCGGUUUACCUUCUUGUGCGCGAACGACAAAAUAACCGUGCACUUUCCGCCGUUCCGGGGUCCUGAAGAAGACGGGGGGAAGAAAGUGGAGGAACGUCGGGGAGGAACACAGAAUUAAAGACCAAAAACCCGAAUGGGGGCAGAAUGGUUUCACGGAAAGUAGACUUUGACUUUAAAUCUGCGGCGUUUCAGCACGUUGCUAUAAUAAGAAUUUGGUGACGUUUGGGAGCCAAUAGCAGAGCCGAGGGGGGCGUGACGUAGGGUCCCUGUAGAAAAGGCGCGGAGUGUAGCGCACAUCGGGAGACCACAGUUGAGGAAUAAGGCUUGGAGACCGCAGCUAAUCUUGAAGAGGAUUAUACAAACUGAAUGUAUAGACAACUCCUCCUCCUCAAUUACUUACACACAGCUCUGCUGGCAGGAGAAAAAACUUCUUAAGAAAACAACAGCUCCUUUAAGAGCAGCAAAGAUGCUUUUCCACGGCCUCCCCGGAGGCGAGAUGCACGGAGUCAUUGACGAAAUGGACCGAAGAGGAAAAGGCGAUUCAGCAGCUAUCAGCUCAGCAAUAGAUAUGGGAGAAACCGAAACGAACAUGCCCUCGAUAAGUAGCGACCGGGUCGCUCUGUGUGCUGGGUGCGGAGGCAAGAUUUCGGACCGUUAUUACCUGCUAGCUGUGGACAAACAAUGGCACAUGCGCUGUUUGAAAUGCUGUGAAUGUAAACUCAACCUGGAAUCCGAGCUCACCUGUUUUAGCAAAGACGGCAGCAUUUACUGCAAAGAGGAUUAUUAUAGGAGGUUUUCGGUGCAAAGGUGUGCCCGGUGCCACCUGGGGAUUUCCGCCUCAGAAAUGGUGAUGAGGGCACGGGAUUUGGUGUACCACCUGAACUGCUUCACCUGCACGACUUGCAACAAAAUGCUGACCACCGGCGACCACUUUGGCAUGAAGGACAACCUGGUCUACUGCCGGCUCCACUUUGAGACACUCAUUCAGGGGGAAUACCAGGCUCAUUUCAAUCACACGGAUGUAGCUUCGAAUAAAGGUGGGGGACUCGGAUCAGGGACGGGCAAUUCGCUUGGACUGCCCUAUUACAACGGCGUGGGUACCGUCCAAAAAGGCCGGCCUAGGAAGAGAAAAAGUCCCGGACCUGGCUCAGAUCUAGCCGCUUACAACGCAGCUCUGAGCUGUAACGAGAACGAUGGCGAUCACUUGGACCGCGACACACAGUACACCUCAAACCAGAAGACGAAGCGGAUGAGGACUUCCUUUAAACAUCACCAGCUGAGGACCAUGAAAUCUUACUUUGCCAUUAAUCACAACCCCGACGCAAAGGACUUAAAGCAGCUAGCACAAAAAACAGGCCUUACGAAACGAGUUCUACAGGUUUGGUUUCAAAACGCCCGCGCCAAAUUCCGACGGAACCUUUUACGACAGGAAAACACGGGGGUUGACAAGGCGUCGGACGGCUCGACGCUGCAGGGAGGGACCCCCUCUGGGCCGGCAUCCGAAAUCUCCAACGCAUCCCUGAGCCCCUCCAGCACCCCCACCACCUUAACGGAUCUAACGAAUCCGACAAUGCCUACUGUGACAUCGGUUUUGACAUCAGUGCCUGGAAGUCUAGAAGUCCACGAGUCCAGAAGCCCCUCGCAAACAACCCUCACGAGUCUUUUCUGAUGUCUUGUCUAUUUGCAAUUCCUAUGGAAAUAUUAAAGAAAAAGAAACAAUCCCUAGUUUUAUUCCGAGCCUAUUUUAGAAAUCUUUGUAUGAGUGGCAAACAGCCUUACUGUUUGGUUUUGAGAACUGAAGCAACUCAUUUGUUUCCCGCGUGUUUACAGACUGAAGAAGACUGAACUGCUCGAUCUUGGAUAUCUAUUUUCCAACACAACAUUUGUGUAACUGUACAGUUUUGUGGACUGAGUAAGGGAACCAACCAUUAAAGGAUUAUAAUGAUGACAAUAAAGAGCUGGCAAAAUAACAAUGUAAACCUAAAGACUGUCAUGUGCCUUAUAAAUCAUUUUUGCAGUAUGCUUUGAAUACUCAUACACACUUUCCUUCGGAUAAUGUUAAAAAUAAGAUAUUAUUUCUUUUGAAUUCCCCGAAGCGUAAGAUUAAGCUUUUUCUUAGACUAGAGACUUCAUGUUUGGAGGCCUGCCUGUGUCUGUAUGUGUACAUUCUUGUCAUCCAUGGAUAAAUACUCACACACACUAUUUACAAGGAUAAUUAGUACAUAGACGGACUGCAAGAUUAAAGGACAUCUGGUCACUUAGAACAUAAAUAAUAAAUAAUUAUACUUAAGGUUAAUUACAUAAUACUUAUUAAUAUGUCUGUGUCAAGCACCACACUAUCAAUCUGCUGAUAUUAUGCAACUUGAUGUCCAACAGGGAUGCUCAAACCAUUAAUAUUUUAAUACAAAGAACGGCACACCAAAUAUAUUCUCUAUAAGAAAAAUCUGUGGCUCAGAUAGAGCAGCAUAUUGUAAAGUAAGUGUAGUAAAGAUUUUCUCUCUUCCUUCCUUUAACCUUGGGGCUGAGCAAAAGCAGGUAUUAUAGGUAUAUUUAAAACAGGUUAACAAAACUUAAUAUUCACCUUAAAUUCUUAUCAUAUUCACUGAUAUCCGAAGAAUUUUACAUACUAUAAAUAAGAACUACAGGUGUAGACGGAGAUUAAGGCUAGUGACUUACAGAUACAAAGUAGAGUGAACCUUGAGACUUAAGUGCUAAAAUCAGACAUUUUGUAAAUGGUUGUUUGUCAGAAUACCAAUAUAGGAAAAAACGGACACAUCUUUAUUUAAAAAAACAAAGUGUGCAAUGUGUAAGUUAUAUAUAUAAAUGCCAUAUUUUGACCAUCAGAAACUGUGUACAAAUAUAUUGAGUAAGGCCCCAAAGUUCUGGAACUGUUAAAGAUAAAGAUUACGUAAAUUCGGGGAAGCACAGCUCUCAGAUCCAAUAAUAGCUAUGCGUUUGUACUUGUGCGUGUAUGUUUGGUUGUAUGUUUGUUCACAUUCACACACAAAAUGACUUUUGUAAUCUCACGAAACAAACACGUACAUAAAAAACAAAAUCAAGAAACAACUAAGUACAAUUUGCCAUGUAAGAAUACAUUUGAUCAUCCAUUACUCUUAAAAAUCAAAGCCAUUAGUUAACCUCUUAGGGUGCCACUAAAAACAAAACAGCCUGACUAUUAUACAAACUAGAAGUUACAAUCUCUAUUUAAUUAAAAACAAGAUUCUGCUUUGUUACGUUUGUUGUUUAAUAAUAAUAAAAAAAAACACUUUCUGUUUCAAUACAGCCACUAACACUUGGAAUUGUUAGGCUGUUUAAUUUGGUUACAGAGAACCUCUACCUUAAUUCAAGCAGGGGCAUUUUACAUCAUGCAGACACCGAAAUUGAAAAUAUUGGUCCACUGGUCAGAAGUCAUGAUACUAAGAGGGACUUUUCUAAAGCCUUCAAGCUUUAAAAAGUGUAGUAAAUGGAAUUGAAUGGACAAAAGGCAUGUGACAAUUUGCCUGUUUCCUUAGCUGGUCGAUAAAUAAACAAACUAGAUUUUCCUUAACUGCUGAUGUUUUAUGUAGACAUUUGCACCAGUUCCAUUUAAUUUGAGGUUACUGACUUAUUCCUAAAGAAAACGAGUCAUCAUAUUCCUUGGUAACUUUAUUGACAUUUGCUAAAAAAUUAAUAACCUCUUCAUGAUGACAAUACCUCAGUAACAAAUACCUGAAUUAAUCUACAUACUCAGUUCUGCUCUUUUGUAGUGUUGUCACAUUAUAUUCUAGGGAAGCAACAUAACAGAAUAUUUUCUGUCUCUGCAAAAUAAAGGAACGCACACAGUCGUUAUUUUUAAAAGAAUAGAAAAAAGACACAUACUAAACAUUUUCAUGGCUGUUAUAGAAUAUAGUGUUGUGUUGCAUGGAAGUGUUCAGAUUAUCCAUUAAUUAAUUUCUCCUUGAGCAUUGAAGUGUUUUUGAUAGAAGCAACUGUCAGACACAUAACUGGAAAUGGGAAUCUUUUAUUAUUAUAUUAGAAUAUCAUUAUUCACAUUACACACACACAACCUGUCGCUUUGUCCAACAGAUUACCUCAGUCCAAGAGGCACUAUACACUGUUAUUUGUUGAAUUACAAAACUUGAUUUACUUAUAUUUAAAGAGGACAUGCCUUGGAAGACUUCAUACAAUAAUUUACUGCACUGAAAUACAGGUAUAAAAAAAGUCUACAGAAUAACUUCCUAUUCCUUUUGCUCAAUUGUAAAACUUUCGUCCAUAUAAAGGAUUAUGUUUUGUUCACUUAGGUUUUUACGUUUAAAUGUUUGCGAUUGCCUUGCUGUUUUUUCCUUUGGUGGCAGAAACGUGGAAAAACAGGCUGACAGUGAUCUCAAACAGAUCUAUAAGGAGUCUUUGUAGACAACUAAUAUUAAACACACAGCAGUAGGCAAGUAGUCCAAUAUCCGAGUGAAAGCAAUGUGUGUGUAAAUUGGGAAUACCCAUAUAAAUUUGUCCACAACAGUCAAUAUUUCCUUUUAAGGUUCUGUGGUAAUGUCCUGCAUUACAUGAAAGACAUAAAGGAGGAUCUUAAAGCAUCUUUUAUUUCGUAUGAAAAAUCAGGGAUUUUUACUUAGAAAAAAAAACAUUAUAAGACAAGAGUUUAUAAAGGGGCAACAGGAUUUCAUACUUGUAUUUAGUAACCUAUGCUGUCCACAGUAAUUGUUCUAUUGCUGUGCUGUUGUCUGGUUGUUUAGAGCUUGCUGGUUUUGAAUGCUGUACAAUUUUUACUUGGAGGUAAUAUUGUUUUCCUCACAUUCGUGUACAGUUUCACACUUGAUGUAAGUAGUCUUCAGUUCUGUUAAAACAUAAAAAUGAACAUUAAUAUUUCCUUCUGAAGUUUUUUUUUUACUUAUUUGUUAAAAACCCAAAGGUAAUCUCUGAAAAGCUCAGUCUGUAAAAGGAUUUUUUUUUGUCAUCCCAAAAUGUAGAUAUGACGUGAAAAAGAAAGAGUCUAACUUAGCUUUAAUGUUUAACUGCUAUGCCUAAAAUGGAGAAAACUGUCCGGAUGUCAACAUUCAAUCAGUGUAAUUAAUUACAGAAUGUCAAUUAUUUUACUUGCAUACCCCUCAAAUAAACAU